ACUGAACGCCGCGCCGUUUAAACUGUGUAAUUCCCACCAUCGGAACCACGGGUCGGAACUAUGGAACUCAUGAAUCGCAAGCGAAUAUCAACAGAAAUGAGAUCCACUGGUGAACUACUUAAUUAAUGCUAAGAUGACAGUGACAGUUUACUGCAGACAACCUCGUGAUUUUCCGUACUCGGAAAACCGUUGAUUGAAGCGCUGAAUAAUAAUGGACUUGGUUUGCGAAAAUUUGGAAAUUUCAUCGGCUUCCAUCGUUCCGAAGAUACCGAGAACCGUUCGCUACAUUCCAAAUUUCAUAACGCCGGAGGAAGAGAUAGAAAUUAUUAAGCGGGUGAACAACUCUCCGUUACCAAAAUGGACCCAGUUGAGUCAUCGUAGACUUCAGAAUUGGGGUGGUAUACCUCAUCCUAAGGGUAUGAUAGCAGAGGAAAUACCGGCAUGGUUAACGAAGUACGUUGGGAAAAUAUCAGGUCUCCAGAUCUUCCCAGAAACAAAAUUACCCAAUCAUGUCUUGAUCAACGAGUAUUUGCCUGGGCAAGGAAUAAUGGCACAUUCGGAUGGUCCAUUAUUUCAUCCUAUUGUUACAACAGUAAGUUGUGGCUCGCACACUCUCCUGGAUUUUUAUAAGCGGAAUGAGACUGACCACGUAGAAGUUUCUAAUCUGGAGUUUACCUUGCUACUUGAGAGAAGAAGUUUACUUAUUUUAGAAAACGACCUGUACCACAAGUACCUGCAUUCAAUUUCUGAGAGGCAUUGUGAUACGAUUUCAAAGGAGAACAUUAUGAAUCUAGAUCUCUGUACUGUGAAAUAUCAAGAGAAUGAAGUGAUUGAAAGAGGGACAAGAUUAUCCCUGACUAUCAGGCACGUUCCAAAAACCAGCAAGCUCAAAUUGAAACUAGGAAGAUGAUUUUGACGAUCUUAUUUGCUGCUCAAAUUCAUCUCUCAAUUACUUUCCUACAAUAAUCUAUUGUUGCAAAACGCUACGGGGGAAAAUUUGAAACAUUUACCAGGCUGCAGCCUUUGGAGACAUACACACAUCCACAUCCUCGUAAUUCUCAAGACUGACGUCCAUUAUUUCUUCAUCAGACUCGUCCAACAUUCCUUGUAGCGAAUGAAUCGACGAUAUUAGCACAUGGAACUGUUUUCUUCGCAUUUCUAGCUUAUGCUCUAAUUGUUCAGAUUUUUCCUGUAAGAAUAAAAUAGUUGUCGUCGUACUUUUGCCCAAGAGACACACUUUAAUCGGCUAAUUGUCGACAUAAAAA